GGACAUGAUCUUUUGAGAUGUGGAAGAUGCAAAGGCAUUUAUAGUGAUGUAGCCUUGUUUUUUAAGCACAGAACAACUUGUCAUGCAAAGAAAGAGAGCACCAAGGCAAAUCUUGGCAGGAAUUUGUCUUCCUUAAGCAGUGAUAAGAAUCUUGCAGCUGAGGAUGAACCAACGGCAGAUCAUCAAAAUCCAGCAGAUGAUCAAACCAAAUUGAAAAAAUCCAAACCAAAAAGACCAUGUCCGUUUUGUGGUAUGCUGGCCUCUCGACUCACAGACCACAUAACAAGAAAACACAAGAUGGAAGAAAGUGUUAAAGCAGCAUUGGCGUUACCAAAGGAGCUAAGAAACAGGGAAUUUCAGAAGUUGAAAAAAGAAGGAAUUUUUAAAGCAAAUAAAAAUCUUCUUAAGGAACAAAAUCCAGACUACAGCAAGAUUUUGGUUGAGCGAAAUCAAGGGAGGGGUGCAUUGGCAAUGUGUUCCCUUUGUAAAGGAUUCUAUCAUAGGAACAUAAUUAACAGACAUAAGAAACGAUGUUCUUCUGCAGAAGGUACUACUGACUACCCUGCAACAUUUAACAUCACACUGUUAAGUCAGCCAAACUUCUCAAACUCUUAUGUAGAAGAGAUUUUAAAUCGUUUCCAAGAAACUGAAAUUUCAGCUGUCAUUCGAUCUGAUGAUUGGAUCCAAAGAUAUGGAUAUCUAUGCUUCCAAAACUUUGAGGGCACUGAGAAGAGAACAGAAAAAAGGUCAUCUCUUAUGUCUAAUCUAAGACGCCUAGCUCGCCUAUUUUUGGAGUUUAAACAAAUUAUUGCAAAGGAAAACCCAUCUAUAGAAUUGAAUUCUUGCAGCCAAAUGUUUGAUAGAGAUUUCAUUCUCUAUAUUCAAGAGGCCAUUUGCUCUAUUACCACAGACAAAGAUACAAAUGCAGUGAAAAAUGGCCUGAAAGUUUCUCUGCGUUAUCUCAUAAGUGAUGUCUGCAAGGUUAUGAGAGCAAAUUAUCUGUUAAUGAAACAGGAUGAAAAAGCAGAAGAAAUGGCAAAAUUCAUCUCUGUUUUACAACUGAUUUGGCCUUCCUUUUUUGCUAGUGCAGAAGAAUCAGUAGUAAAAAAGAGACAGUCUGAUUUAAGAAGACCAGUUAGACUGCCAAGUGAAAAGGAAAUAGAGAAAUUAAGAGACUGCACAAAGGAAAUUAUUGACAGUCUCUCCGUAGAUAUGUAUGAGACUUUUGACUAUUCAAAAUACAGUCAGCUACGAGAUGCUGUUGUUUGCAGAUUAACCCUGUUUAAUGCCAGAAGAGGGGGCGAGCCAAGCAGAAUGGCAGUCCAAGAUUGGGAAGAUGCCCUUCAAGGUGUUUGGAUAGACCAAGCAAAGGUGGAGCAUGUUGAAGAUGACAUAGAGAAAAAGCUUCUAUGUGAAAACAAAAUUGCCUACAUACAUGCUUCAAAGGUAACCAAGCUAGUGCCACUUCUCAUACCAAAAGACUGUUGGCAAGCAAUGAAAAUUUUAACGGAUUAUGAAGUACGCAGAGGAGCAGAAAUUAAUGAGGACAAUACAUAUGCAUUUCCAAACAUAAAGCAUUCAAAAAAUCAUGCCUCAGGGUGGAUUGCUGUUAAUAAUUUAUGCAGGAAAGCAGGACUGGAGCGCAACAUAAGUGCAACUGAUAUGAGGCAUUAUGUUGCAACCUCAUACGCUCUGUUAGAUGUGUCCCCAAAUGAAAGAGAAAUGUUUUAUAAACAUCUUGGACAUUCAAAACAAAUGAACGAAAAUGUUUAUCAGUGCCCUCCGGCAAUGAAAACAAUCACACAAGUUGGGAAAUUUCUUAAUCAGUUGGAAGGCAACUAUUGUACAUCCAUUUCAAGCCCAAAGAAGUCAGGUGCCAGAGAGGUCGGAGUCGAAGUUCUUUCUGAAUUUAUUGAAUUAAUGGCACCAGAUACUUCAUUGCCGGACGUUCUAAACUUCUACACCAAAAUUGAUGAGGAGCAUGUGACUGUUGACCCAGAGGAGUUGGAGCAGAGAAGACAUCUAGUUUUAGAUGAGGAUGUUCAAUGCCAAGCAAAACAAUUUUUUACAGAGGAUGCUUGGCUAGGCAUAAUGAAUACACUAAAAAUGCUAGCUGCAGAUACUGACAACAAAAUACAAAAGCAAAGCAAAACCCCCUCAUCAGGGUUAAAGAGAACCAUAAUUGAAGAUGACCUUUCAGAAAGCGAGAUUCCUGGCCCUAGUCUGAUGAAAAGAUCAAAGAAAGAUAAAUUUGAAAGUGUUUCUUACAUUUGUGAGGAUAGUGUAUCAUCAGGAGAAUCAUCUUACAAGGAUGAUAACAUAUCCCAAGAAGAAGACAGGAGUUCAGUAGUCAAAGGCCAGAGACACACCUGGUCAGCAGAGGAGAAUGCUGCGAUUGAGCGUUUCUUCAACAGUCACAUUAAUGAUACAUCUAAACCUGGAAACCAAGGAAAACUGCAUGUUGCCAGUGAUAUACGUAACUUCAUACUGAGAUAUCCAGAAAUACUGAAAGAUUUUCCAAAGCAGAAAAAAAUCCAUUUGAUCCGAACAAAAAUAUUGAAUCUAAGAAGAAAAAAGAGAGAAAAUGCCUAUGAAAGAAUAGAGAAAUACAGGACAUAAUUCUAGCAGUGUCAGUAAGCUGAGCACAUAGCUCCAGCAAUGAAAUUAUUUUUGAGAGCAUAGUGUGAAUCUUUUGUGGACCCACAAUUUGGAGGCUUUGAGGUCACUGAACGCCACA